AUGGCCCGCACAGCAGCCAUGUUUCUUUCCUGUUUUGGUCCGAUCUUCGCCGCCCUUCCCUCCCAAGUGGGUCAGGCUCCUCCCAACUUUUCCUCCAGGGACCCUAAGAAUCCGUGUAUCGCAGAGGCCUCCCUCACUUCCACAUCUAAAACCCCGUUUGAUACUCCCAUCCUUUCCCCCAAAGAUGAGAAGGAGCUGUUGACACCGUGCUCGGGUUCUGUCAACCUUGAAGUCCAAGCACCUGCACCCCCGCCACACCAUAUCUUCACUCGCGCUCGCAAGUUGGAGAUGGUUUGGAUUGUCUCUGUCGCUGCUAUCUUCUCCCCGCUGUCAUCAAAUAUUUACUUCCCUGCGCUGACUACCAUUUCCAAGGAUCUCCAUGUCUCCAUAGCCUUGACUACCUUGACUGCCACAGUGUACAUGAUUGUCCAAGGGCUGGCUCCUAGCUUCUGGGGCUCUCUAUCCGAUGUGAUCGGCCGCCGAUCGGUCUUCAUUAGAACUUUCCUCGUCUAUAUAUUUGCAAACAUCCUGCUUGCGGAGUCACAGAAUUAUGCAAUGCUCAUGGUUUUCCGUGCUCUGCAAGCUGCCGGCAGUGCAGCCACCAUCUCCAUCGGAGCUGGUGUCAUUGGAGACAUUACUACUUCCGCCGAGCGAGGAAGCUUGGUCGGUAUCUUUGGUGGCGUCUGCAUGCUUGGUCAGGGUGUUGGUCCAGUUUUCGGUGGUAUCCUAUCCCAGUACCUGGGCUUCCGAUCCAUCUUCUGGGCUCUGACUAUUGCAGCUGGUAUUAGUCUGGCUUCCAUCAUGAUCUUGCUCCCUGAAACCCACCAUGCCUUCGCUGGAACUGGCCAGGUUCCUCUCACUGGUAUCUGCAAGCCAUUUAUCUACUACAUUACCGGUCAGACGGGCGCCGUGGAAGGCGCAGUACCCACAGUGGAGAGGAAGAAGGUUACCAUUGGAACUCUGUUUACUCCUCUCACUUUCCUGUUUGAGAAGGAUGUCUUUAUCACUUUGUUCUAUGGUGCUAUCGUGUAUACUGUCUGGUCGAUGGUAACCUCGUCAACAUCUGACCUGUUCGAGUCCAAAUACGGACUGAAUGUGCUGGAGGUUGGUCUGACCUUCUUGGGUAAUGGCUUCGGAUGCAUGUCUGGAUCCUACAGCAUUGGCUACCUGAUGGACUUCAACCACAAGCGAACGGAGCGCGAGUACUGCCAGCAGCACAACCUUCCGCUCGACACCCGCAUCGACAGCAAGUCGCACCCCGACUUCCCUAUAGAGAAGGCCCGCAUGCGCAACAGCUGGUGGAUUACUGCUACAUUCAUCAUCUGUGUGGCUGUGUACGGUGUCUCUCUCGAGGCCAACCUCGCUGUCCCCAUCACCCUCCAGUACUUCAUCGCCUACAGCUCUACUGCAAUAUUCACCCUCAACAGCGCCCUUGUCAUUGACCUCUACCCCGGUGCCAGUGCUAGUGCGACUGCUGUCAACAACCUUAUGCGAUGCCUGAUCGGCGCCGCUGGCGUGGCCGCUGUGCAGCCCAUCAUCGACACCAUCUCAGCCAAGUACUGCUUCGUCUUGCUUGCUGGUAUCACCCUAGCCAUAGCCCCGCUUCUCUUGGUCGAGGACAAGUGGGGUGCCCAAUGGCGACUAGAGCGGAACGAGCUACUCAAGGAGAACGAGGCUAAGAAGGCCAAUGUAGCCAACUAA